GUGCAGCAGGCUGGAUGUGACGAUGGGGCACUCUUUGCUCUGCAUGAUGGGCUUUUUCUUGCUCAGUACUGUCAUCUGUGGAAAUGCUGAAGAUAACACUACUCAUUCACAAGAUGCUGAUAAAUCGGAGGAAGAGCAAACAACCUCAGUUCCCAUUAAGCCCACUGUGACCCUGCAGCCAUCCUGGCCUCAGAUAUACAGCGGUGAGACAGUCACUGUCAGAUGUGAGAUUCAGGGAGGUGAAGGAGCUCAGUGGACGUAUGGAUGGAGACGAGACCAAGUCAACAUAGGUGAAACAUCCAGUGAAUACAGAAUCAUCACAGUUUCUGAGUCUGACAGUGGAGGAUACAGCUGCUGCGUUGGAAGAAGCUCAUCCUGGACAGAGUGGAGUGAUACCAUCACAUUGAGAGUAAUCGCUCCUCCUAAGCCCACUGUGACCCUGCAACACAACUGGCCUCAGAUAUACAGCGGUGAGACAGUCACUGUCAGAUGUGAGAUUCAGGGAGGUGAAGGAGCUCAGUGGACGUAUGAAUGGAGACGAGGCCAGUCAAGCAUACGUUCAGCAUCCAGUGAAUACAGAACCAUCAGUGCUACUGAGUCUGACAGUGGAGGAUACAGCUGCCGGGGUAGACGAGGUUCUUCCUGGACAGAGUGGAGUGAUAUCACCACAUUGACUGUAUUACCUCCUCCAAAGCUCACUGUGAUCCUGCAGCCAUCAAUGACUCAGAUAUACAGCGGUGAGACAGUCACUGUGAGAUGUGAGAUUCAGGGAGGUGAAGGAGCUCAGUGGACGUAUGAAUGGAGUCCAGCCAAGUUAAACACACAUGAAACAUCCAGUGAAUACAGAAUCAUCAGAGCUACUGAGUCUGACAGUGGAGGAUACAGCUGCCGGGGUAAAAGAAGCUUCUCCUGGACAAAGUGGAGUGAUAUCACCACAUUAACUGUAUUAUCUCCUCCUAAGCCCACUGUGUUCCUGCAACACGACUGGCCUCAGAUAUACAGCGGUGAGACAGUCACUGUCAGAUGUGAGAUUCAGGGAGGUGAAGGAGCUCAGUGGACGUAUGAAUGGAGACGAGACCACUCAAACAUAGGUUCAGCAUCCAGUGAAUACAGAACCAUCAGAGCUACUGAGUCUGACAGUGGAGGAUACAGCUGCCGGGGUAAAAGAAGCUCCUCCUGGACAGAGUGGAGUGAUAUCACCACAUUAACUGUAUUAUGUCCUCCUAAGCCCACUGUGACCCUGCAGCCAUCCUGGACUCAGAUAUACAGCGGUGAGACAGUCACUGUCACAUGUGAGAUUCAGGGAGGUGAAGGAGCUCAGUGGACGUAUGAAUGGAGACCAGACAAGUUAAACAAACGUCCAACAUCCAAUAACUACAGAAUCAUCACAGUUACUCAGUCUGACAGUGGAGGAUACAGCUGCCAGGGCAGAAGGGGAAGUUUCUACACACAGUGGAGUGACAGCAUCACAUUGACUGUAUCAUCUCCUCCUAAGCCCACUGUGACCCUGCAGCCAUCCUGGACUCAGAUAUACAGAGGUGAGACAGUCACUGUCAGAUGUGAGAUUCAGGGAGGUGAAGGAGCUCAGUGGACGUAUGAAUGGAGACGAGGCCAUUCAAACAUAGGUUCAGCAUCCAGAGAAUACACAAUCAACAAAGUUACUGAGUCUAAUGCUGGAGAAUACAGCUGCCGGGGUAAAAGAAGCUUCUCCUGGACAAAGUGGAGUGAUAUCACCACAUUAACUGUAUUAUCUCCUCCUAAGCCCACUGUGACCCUGCAGCCAUCCUGGACUCAGAUAUACAGAGAUACCACAGUCACUGUCAGAUGUGAGAUUCAUGGAGGUGAAAGAGCUCAGUGGACGUAUGAAUGGAGACGAGGCCAGAAAAACAUACCUGAAACAUCCAGUGUAUAUACAAUCAACAGAGUUACUGAGUCUGAUGGUGGAGGAUACAGCUGUCGGGCCACAAGAAGCUCUUCCUGGACAGAGUGGAGUGACAUCACCACAUUGAGAGUAACAGUUCCCAUUAAGCCCACUGUGACCCUGCAGCCAUCCUGGACUCAGAUAUACAGCGGUGAGACAGUCACUGUCAGAUGUGAGAUUCAGGGAGGUGAAGGAGCUCAGUGGACGUAUGAAUGGAGACCAGCCAAGUUAAACACACCUCCAACAUCCAGCGAAUACACAAUCAUCAGAGCUACUGAGUCUGAUGGUGGAGGAUACAGCUGCCGGGGCAGAGCAGACAGGUUCUUCACAGAGUGGAGUGACAUCAUCACACUGACUGUAUCAUCUCCUCCUGAGCCCACUGUGACCCUGCAUCCAUCCUGGACUCAGAUAUACAGCGGUGAGGCAGUCACUGUCAGAUGUGAGAUUCAGGGAGGUGAAGGAGCUCAGUGGAUGUAUGUAUGGAGACGAGGCCAAAUAAACAUACAUGAAACAUCCAAUGAAUACAAAAUCAUCACAGCUACUGAGUCUGACAGAGGAGGAUACAGCUGCAUAGGAAGAAGGGGAAGUUUCUACACACAGUGGAGUGACAGCAUCACAUUGACUGUAUCAUCUCCUCCUAAGCCCACUGUGACCCUGCAGCCAUCCUGGACUCAGAUAUACAGCGGUGAGACAGUCACUGUCAGAUGUGAGAUUCAGGGAGGUGAAGGAGCUCAGUGGAUGUAUGAAUGGAGACGAGGCCAAGUAAACAUACGUCCAACAUCCAGAGAAUACACAAUCACAGUUACUGAGUCUGACAGUGGAGCAUACAGCUGCCGGGGCAGAAGGGGAAGUUUCUACACAGAGUGGAGUAAAAGCAUCACAUUGACUGUAUCAUCUCCUCCUAAGCCCACUGUGUUCUUGCAGCCAUCCUGGACUCGGAUAUACAGCAGUGUGAUAUACAGCGGUGAGACAGUCACUGUGAGAUGUGAGAUUCAGGGAGGUGAAGGAGCUCAGUGGACGUAUGAAUGGAGACGAGGCCAAGUAAACAUACGUCCAACAUCCAUUAAAUACACAAUCAGCAGAGCUAAGUCUCACAGUGGAGGAUACAGCUGCCGGGGUAGAAGAAGCUCCUCCUGGACAGAGUGGAGUGAUAUCACCACAUUGACUGUAUUACCUCCUCCUAAGCCGACUGUGACCCUGCAGCCAUCCUGGACUCAGAUGUACAGCGGUGAUAGAGUCACUGUCAGAUGUGAGAUUCAGGGAGUUGAAAGAGCUCAGUGGACGUAUGAAUGGAGACGAGGCCAGUCAAGCAUACAUCCAACAUCCAGCGUAUAUACAAUCACAGUUACUGAGUCUGAUGGUGGAGGAUACAGCUGUCGGGGCACAAGAAGCUCUUCCUGGACAGAGUGGAGUGACAUCACCACAUUGAAAGUAACAGUUCCCAUUGAGCCCACUGUGACCCUGCAGCCAUCCUGGACUCAGAUAUACAGCGGUGAGACAGUCACUGUCAGAUGUGAGAUUCAGGGAGGUGAAGGAGCUCAGUGGACGUAUGAAUGGAGACCAGCCAAGUUAAGCACACCUCCAACAUCCAAUGAAUACAGAAUCACAGUUACUCAGUCUGACAGUGGAGGAUACAGCUGCCGGGGCAGAAGGGACUAUGUUUUAACAUACUGGAGUAAUAUCAGACUGACUGUAUCAUCGAAACCAAAGGCUGAACUGAGAGCUGAUAGGACAGCUGUUCCAGUAGGGGGCAGUGUGACCCUGACCUGCUCUGUGAGCCCAUCAUCAUCAUCUGGAUGGAAAUAUUACUGGUACAGAGAUGGGAAAUCUUAUGAAGCUGUGACAAAUGGAGAAACCAGUGUCUCAGAGGGAGGACUCUACAGCUGCAGAGGAGGAAGAGGAGAACCAGUUUACUACACAGAGGACAGUGAGUCAGUCAGGAUUGACACAACUGUCUCAAACAGGCCUGUUGUGACUCUGUAUCCAAACUGGUCUGAGAUAUACAGAGGAGAGACGAUCACUGUCAGAUGUGAGAUCCAUGGAGGAGACACUGAGUGGGAUUAUGAGUGGGAAACAAACAGCACCAUAAAACCUCCAAAUCAAACUGAAUACAGGAUUAGAUCUGCUACAUCAUCCAACAGUGGAAACUAUCGCUGUAAGGGCAGAAUGAAAAGUUCACAGCAUAAAACAACAGAGUGGAGUGAUUCAGUCACACUGACAGUUUCUGACAAUAAACCCAGUCCUGUCCUCACUGUGUCUCCAUCAUGGCUGAGUCCUGGAGCCUCAGUAACUCUGAACUGUCAGGUUGAACAUCCGUCUGCAGGAUGGAGCUUCUACUGGUAUAAAGUUGUUCCUGAUCUGAAAACAUACAACUAUAAAUCCUCCAGUUAUGAGCUGCUACCUGAUGGCAGUGGGACUGCACAGGACUCCUACAUCAUUCAUGGACAGACACACACAGCAGGAUAUGUGUGCAGAGCUGGAAGAGGAGACCCAGAGUAUCACACUGAUCACAGUCAACCAAAGUUUGUCUGGUCUGCAGAUGUUCAUUCAGCAGCGUCUCUCACAGUGAGUCCUGACAGAGUGCAACACUUCACCUCUGACUCUGUCUCACUGACCUGUGAGGGAAACUUCACUGAGUGGAGAGUGAGGAAGUUCUCUGAGGACGGCCAACUGUACUCUGUCUGUAGGAGAAUGACUGGAUCCACAUGUAACAUCUACACAUCAAAGUCAGAUACUGGAGUGUACUGGUGUGAGUCUGGAUCAGGAGAGUUCAGCAGUGCAGUCAACAUCACUGUACAGAAUGAUGGUAAUGGUCCUAUCCUGGUGAGUCCUGUUCAUCCUGUGACUGAGGGAGCUUCUGUUAGUCUGAGCUGCAGUUUGAAAACACAAAAAAUACUUUCCAAUGUGUUUUUCUAUCACAAUGACAAACUUAUUCAAAAUGAUACCCGAGGGGAGCUGAACAUCUCUGCAGUGUCAAAGUCUGAUGAAGGUUUCUACAAGUGUCAGUACUCAGGAAGAGAGUCAGCACAGAGCUGGAUGUCAGUUAAAGUAACUGGACCCAGUUCAUCUCCUGUGUGGUUGAUGGUUGGACUGGUUUGUGGAGUCUCUCUCAUUAUUAUUCUCCUGCUCUUGUUGUAUCGCUGCAGACGGUCCAAGUAUUCCUGCUUCACCAGGUCGAUCCAGUCUGAGAGUCACAGUCCGGGCUCCUCCACAAAUCAUGGAGUCAACCAGGAUGAAACUCAUGUGUACGACUCAGUUCAUCCUGGUACCAAUAACCUCUAUGAAUCUGUUAUGCCGGUUGAAGACAACAGAAAUGGAUCAGAUGAACAUCAAGAUGUCACGUACGCUCUUAUUGAACUUAAAAACUUUGAAAAGAAGCGGAAGCAUCAUAAACCAGAGCAGAGUGCUGUUUACUCUGAGGUGAAGACGGGAGCUGCAGAGGACAGUCUGAUGUAUGCUGAGGUCAAACGCCCCAAAAAAGAAAAAGCCAAGAAGAAAGCAGGAAAAUCAAGUCCUGCAGCUGAUGCAGCAGUUUAUUCUGAAGUCACAUUAGGAAGCUUUCCUGGUCAGUGAGGAGAGCUGCAGCAGCAAAGCCAAAAGAAGCAUUUAAUGAAUCCACUGUUGCUCCUCUGCUGCCCAAAUAUCAGACACACUCAGUUUUUAGUUUUAAUUAUAUUGAAUAAUAACAUGAUAUAUAGUUGGUGCUGUCUUUUAGCAUAAAGCACACAGAGAUGUGUCCUGUUUCAGAUUCAUGCUCUUUAUAUUCAGCUGAUAGUUUUAUUCAUUGUUGAGCUUUAAUAUAAAACUUUGAAUGUAUCCUGUUCCACAGAGAAAAAAGUCUGUGAUUUUUAGUAGCUGAUAGCAACGACUUAAAGUCAGCAGAGUUACAUUAGGAUCUGCUGGUAUAAACACCAACAAAUACUUUUGCUGUCUGAGUGUAAAGAUCUAUAUUGUAUAAAAAAAAUUAUUUGGUAUAAAAACAUGAAAAAGCUGCUUCAUGAUUCAUUUAAUGUCAGAUACUGUUAUUGUAGUUUUUAGUGUAUCUCUCUUGUAUUUUAAUCUGAAGCUGUGAAUGUUAUUUUUUAUUUUAUUUUAAUGUUGUUUGCUGUUCUCACUUUUUCUGGAUUUUACAUAGUUUUUCUUAAAGUUAUUUAUUUUGAAUGUAGAGCACUGUGAUCAGCUCUGUUGUUUUAAACAUGGUAUAUAAAUACAUUUGACUUUGACUUCACCUUUUCUUGUAUUUUAAUCUGAGUAAAGAUUUAAGAUUGUUUAGGCUUAAAUAGAUUUUAUUGGCUUUAUGAUUUGCUUUAAGGCUUUUAUUGAAGCUGUGUUGUGAUACUACCUUUUAUUUUUUUCAGUAGGGUGCAGUGCUCUCCAUUUAGAAGUACUUUGAGUUCAUGUAUUACACAUAUACACAUUCCUACUAUUAUUAAUUACUAAUUAUUGAAGAAAGAAAGGUCGCAGUGAUAUUUGUGUCCAGAGCUCUGUGAGUUGAUGAUCCAGUCAUGGCCUUUGAUGAUGUUGAGCCAUCACUCGCUGUCCUGUGUUCGUCCCACAUGUGGCUUUCUAGAGGAACAAACCACAGCUCGGUGCGAAAACAUCGUCAGUAUAAACUCUGAGGUGCAGCUCUGCUUUAUUUGUCUGUUUGUUUUUAAAAUAUUAUUACUCCUCCAUUCAGAAGC